CCACUUGAUGGAAUGUUGAUCCGAUUCUUUGUGUUAUGCUUGUUUUUUAUACUCUCUUUAAUUAUUAUCGAGUCCGAAUGUAGCAAAGCAGAAAAUAAGUUGUACAGAGAUAUUCUCCAAGGGUACUUGAAGCUAGCAAGACCCGUGCGAUAUCCUAGAAAUGUUUUGAAAGUUCAUAUGAAGGUGUUCCUUCAGCAGAUUUUGAAUUUGGAUGGACAAAAUCAAAUAAUUGAAGUGAACGCCUGGCUUAAAUAUGUUUGGAUGGAUUACCGCCUUCAAUGGGACCCCCUCCAGUAUGAUAACAUAACCAGUAUUAGAUUUGCGGGUGGUGAAAAUCAGAUCUGGAGGCCUGACAUACUUUUAUAUAACAGUGCAAGUGAAGACUUUGAUUCGUCGUUCAAGUCCAACGAAGUUGUUUAUAAUACGGGUGAAGUUAAUUGGAUUCCACCGGGUAUUUUUCGGGCUAGUUGUAAGAUGGAUAUCACCUACUUUCCUUUUGAUGACCAAGUUUGCUACUUGAAAUUUGGUUCCUGGACCUAUCAUGGUCUCGCGCUGGAUUUAAGUAUUAUUGCAGAAGAAGACGAUUCAGAGUUAUCAAUUGACUUAUCCACAUACACCCCUAGUGGCGAAUGGCAUUUGACAAAAGCUCCCGCAGUCAAGGAUGUGAAGUACAAUUCGUGCUGCAAAGAACCAUAUUCUACAGUCACAUUUUACAUGUUCCUAAGACGUCGUACUCUCUUUUAUUUAUUCAAUAUCAUUCUCCCGUCUCUAUUGAUCUCAAUUAUGACACUUAUGGGGUUCUGCCUCCCGGCACACGACAUGUCGGAAAAAAUUGGUUAUCAGACUACAAUUCUACUAUCUAUAUGUUUUUUUGUUACAAUUGUCAGCGAAAUGACUCCUCCCACAUCUGAAUCUGUUCCUUUACUUGGAAUGUUUUUCUCGUCGCUCACCCUUAUCAGCUCAGUAUCAACAGCAUUCACAAUCACAGUUUUGAACUUUCGCUACCGUCAAGUGCAGAAUAUUCACAUGCAUCCAAUAUUUUACAAAGUUUUUCUCAUCUGGAUUCCAUGGUUGCUUCUCAUGAAACGUCCAGGAGUGUUCUACAAAAAACGCCGAGCAACCGUUCAAGCUCGAGAGGAAAUUUCCUUUUUUGAUAAUGGUGAUGAUGAUUGCUGCCCAAAACCUCCCGAGUUCGACUAUUCACUCUCCAUUGACAGCGCUGACACUUUACCGCUUCCACCUCGUCCUAAGCCACUACUCAAGAAGAUGCAUAGCGUUCCCGCCGAACAUCUUCAUCUCGACAGAAAAGUCGGCGACGGAAUUCUUAAGAGCCAGCGACGACCGUUGGUUUUAACAAAGAACGUCAACAAAAGUCAUUCAUUACGCAGUCGGCGUUUCACUCAGUUUGAAAAGUAUAUAAAAAAGUGCAUAGAUGAUGCAAAACUCAGAAAAAAUUCAACUUAUUCGACGUAUUCAAUGAUGAUAAUCACUUAUUACCGGCAAAUUGAUGAAAUGCUAAAACUGCUAAAUCGACGGUUGGAUAAGCAAAGGAAAUACCUUUUCAAACAAGAAGAUUGGAAAUUUGCCGCAAUGGCUUUAGACAGAUUAUGCUUACUAUUAAUAACGCUUUUAAUUGUAAUGUGUCUUUUUGGAAUGAUUUUAAGCACACCCCAUUUUGAGCCAUAACAGUUGUGUUUUGUUAUGUAGGUUAUUCAGUGAAAAUUUGACAUUAUAAAGCAUUUU